AUGACACCAUUUGAGGUGGUCUAUGGGCGAUCUCCACCAACGAUUCACAGAUAUGAGCAUGGAACUACCGCAGUGGCGCAAGUUGAGAACACUUUGGGACAAAGAGAUGAGAUAUUAAAGCAGCUAAGGGAGAAUUUAGUGGAAGCCCAACAUCGGAUGAAAUUGUAUGAAGACCGCCACCGUCGUGAGCUAGAGUUUCAACCGGGUGAAAUGGUUUAUCUGAAGUUACAGCCCUUUCGGCAAAUGUCCCUAAGAGUACGAGGGAAUAUGAAGCUCUCACUGCGUUUUUAUGGACCUUAUCAAAUUGUUGAGCGGUUGGGGAAGGUGGCUUAUCGAUUGGAGUUGCCGACCCAUUCUCGGUUACAUCCGGUCUUUCAUGUCUCGCAGUUAAAAAAGAAGCUAGGACAUUUUGAUCGUGUAGCACUAGAGUUACCUAAAGUGGGGGACAAUGGCACAAUGGUCUUGGAGCCCAAACGUAUAAUUGAUUUUCGUUGGGUUAAGAAUGGCAAGAAGGUGUUGCACGAAGCCUUGGUGCAGUGGGUUGGAGCCAGUGAGGAAGAUGCCACGUGGGAGCCCUAUGAUGCACUCCAGCAACAAUUUUCAAAUUUAAAUCUUGAGGACAAGAUUUUUCUUCAAGGGGAGGGGAAUGUUGUGUCCCAAAGCCUUGUGGCUGGAUUACAUUCACCUGCUGAGUAG